ACCCGGAUUUUUAUUACACGUACAGUACGUGUAGCAGCACGCCUAUCUCAGUCUCCACGCUUCGAAUUCGAUGAGUCAACACGCAGACCAACAGUGCCGCUUUUGUUUGGACGGAGAGGAAGAUCUCAUUGCGCCCUGUCUGUGCUCGGGCACCUCCAAAUGGGUACACCGUCGAUGUCUCGACAACUGGCGCACGAGCCAAUACAACUACCGCUGCUUCACACACUGCAGCACUUGCAACUUUCAAUACAGAGUCAAAUAUCGUAACGGAAGUCGUUGUAUGUCCAACAAAGCCAAAGUUCGGCUCUUUGUUGCGCGCGACCUCAUCAGCAUUCUCUUGUUUUUACAAAUUCUCGUCGCCGCUCUGGGUGCUGUAGUCUUUGCCAUCGACCAAGCGACCGGAUACAAUAUACUGAAGGAGAUAUCUGGAGGCAACGCGGAAGUGGGCGUGUACUACCUUUGUGGGUUGAUAGCACUGCUGGCGCUGCUCGGUCUCUCCACUCUGUUGGGUGUCUGCUGCUGCUCGAGUAAUGUAUGCCAAUCCGAUGACGACGAUGCUGAUUUAAUGUGUUGUGCAUACUGCUACUGCUGCUGGUGGGGCUACCCGUGCUAUCCUAUGUGGUAUUGGUCACCCCUGUACUAUCCCCACGGGGCAGCUUGUUGUGGUGCACCUGGUGUGGGACAUUGUUUUUGCAUGGGUGGGGGAUGUAGUGGUGGCUGCCAUGGUGGCGGUGAUGGUAGAGUGACGCUAAUAUUGCUUCUUGUAGUGCUUGCCAUUUUGGCUCUCAUAGGUCUCUUUGUGAUGGUCUAUGUAUUGGCCAUAGUUGGACAGAGACUGUUCCAGCGUCAUGUUGAAAUCCUGGCUCGUCAAGAAGCAUGUCGGCAGCAAGAAAUCGUGGAUUUGUCAAAGAUCGAAAUGUCUCAGAUUGGAAACUAUGCAGUCGUGGAUCUCGAGCCUUCUGCUCCAGAAGAGCCAAACCAAGGUCCUCCCAGCCAAGUAGCACCCGCUCCAAGCGAAGUAGCACCUUCUGCUCCACCUAAAGAUACGAUUGAAGAUUCAGAGCCACUGUGGGAGGCAGGUGAGAGGUGACAACCGUUUCCUGAAGACAAACAGACAGUACUGUGCUGACCGAAAUGAAUUGAUUUGGUUGCUGUUUGUAGUUGCGUUUCAUGUCUAUGGACAUCAUUCGUGUAUGAUUUAAUAGGCGCUGCUAGAAA